AUGCUUUCUAAAUUGUUGCUCCGAUGCACUGCGAAAGCAGAAAGGUCGCUCGUUGAUUCACAGAAAAUUGAAUUUCAAUGCGGCGAAUUUUGGGGAGACGAUGAAGAUGUCGUUUUCAAGCUUAACCGUGACAAAAAUAACAAUUUCUUGAAAAGCCCAAAAAAUAUCAAUGAUGCUGUUGGAUUUUUGAAAUACAUUAAGAAAGUCGGAGUUUUCAAAAAUCUCAAGCUUUCUUUUGGAGAUUUAUUCACUGAUAAUGAAGGAUUUAAUACCGACGUCGAAAUCGAGCAGUGCGAAAUGAAUAAUGUGGUCCCUUCUGUUCUUCGGAAAAUGGAGGAUGGUGUCGAAUCGAUCAAGAUCAAUGUCGAUAGAAAAGUGUUCAACCAAUUUGACGAAAUUCUCGAAGUCUCAAAUGUUCAAAAUGUCCCCUAUUGGCAUCUCCAGAACCACAAAGAAAUUGAUAGCCUUCAUAAAGUGGCAAAGAUGUGGAUCGAAACAAAUGCGAAAGUAGGAUUCACUUUUCAAGCUUCUGUCUACAAAGAAGGCUCAUUCGAUGCGUUCUUGGAGCAUUUCACCGAUUCUAUUGUAUCGAAAAGCGAGAGACGAAUCAGAAUUAGUACAAAUAAUUCAGAUCGCCAUAUUCUUCUGGAGCGUGGAUUAGAUGAAACAAUCAUAUUUCAUUUUGUUGAAUUCUUCCGUCUAAAGGUGAUUUCUUCUAAAAUGAAGGAAUCGGAAUACGAUAACAACUGCAAGGAGUGGAUUUCCAUCUUAGAACCGAAAGUUUACGAAAUUCACUCAUCGGAUGAAUAUGAUUCGGAAAGCUCUUUUGAGGAGAGUGACGAAUACGACGAUGAUAGUGACAAUAGUGACGAAGAAAGUGAUCAAUACGACUAUAACGAUGAUCCUUUCGAUUUCGAUGCUUACGGACCUCGCGAUUUUUACCCAUAUUAUUAA